UUGUUUUCUAAAAUAACAAAAAUAACAAAAAAUAAUCAGCUGAAAAACACAUAAAUAAUUUGAUCGAGUGCAAAUUGUGAAAGUAGAAGAAAUAACAGUGUAAAAGGGUUUCACUUGGAAUUGAUGUGGUUGCUCGUUGGGGCCAACGGUAGAUCAGAUCCAAAUUACAUGUCUCCAUAGCUUAUGCUUAAACGACUUUGAAAUCCCCAAAUUAUUACGACGGGUUUUCGGUUAGGGUUAGGGUUACGAAUUCACUCUUCCGGCCAUGUACAGCGAUGGCGAAACUCAUGAUGCUCCCCAGAGCCAGAGGAAAAUACCCCCUGCAUCCUCCAUGUUGUGGGUCCGCAACCUUCGUCGUUUCAUUGGAUCCGGUGCCGGUCUCGGAUCCGAAGCUUUGAUGGAGCUUGAAACAAAAAGAAUUUUGCUUGACAUUUUUAAAGAAAAGCAGAAGAGAAGCGCUGAAGCUGGUGCAAUUCCCAGUUUCUACAAGAAGAAACCUGAAGAGGGAUCAAUCAGUCAUAGAGUCCAGAGAUUGGCGAAGUAUCGAUUUUUGAAGAAACAAUCAGAUCUUUUGCUGAAUGCUGAUGAUUUGGAUGCAAUGUGGGUGUGCUUAAGAGAAAACUGUGUGAUUGAUGAUGCUACUGGUGCAGAAAAGAUGAAUUAUGAAGAUUUUUGCCACAUUGCCUCUGUAUGUACAGAACAAAUAGGUCCUAAAUGCCGACGAUUCUUUAGUCCUUCUAACUUUAUGAAGUUUGAGAAAGAUGAGCAGGGAAGGAUUGCCAUUCUACCAUUUUACCUUUACGUGAUGCGUACGGUUUCACUUACACAGGCAAGAAUUGAUAUGAGUGAGCUUGAUGAGGAUUCUGAUGGUUUCCUUCAGCCACAUGAAAUGGAGGCCUAUAUACGAGGUCUUAUACCCAACUUGGCACAAUUACGUGAUAUGCCAGGCGCCUUUGUUCAAAUGUAUUGUCGUAUUGCUGCACACAAAUUCUUCUUCUUUUGUGAUCCUCAUAGACGAGGAAAAGCUUGCAUCAAGAAAGUACUGCUUAGUAAUUGUCUUCAGGAACUAAUGGAGCUUCACCAGGAAAGUGAAGAAGAAGUCACAGACACAGAACAAGCUGAAAACUGGUUCUCUUUGACUUCUGCCCAACGUAUAUGUGAUAUGUUUCUUGCUCUUGAUAAGGAUUCAAACGGGUCAUUGGGUAAACAAGAGCUGCGCGAAUAUGCAGAUGGAACCCUGACUGAAAUUUUUAUUGAGAGAGUAUACGAUGAACAUGUUCGCCGUGGAAAGAGUGGUGGUGGAAAUGUCCGGGAGAUGGAUUUUGAUAGUUUCUUGGACUUCGUUCUGGCUUUAGAAAAUAAAGACACCCCAGAAGGCUUGACAUACUUGUUUCGCUGUCUUGAUCUUCAAGGGAGGGGUUAUCUUACUACAGCGGAUAUUCACUCUCUUUUCAGAGACGUACACCAUAAAUGGAUUGAAGGUGGCAACUAUGAACUUUGUAUUGAAGAUGUACGGGAUGAAAUCUGGGAUAUGGUUAAGCCAAAAGAUCCCCUCAAGAUAACAUUGGCUGAUCUACUGGGCUGCAAACAGGGUGGAACUGUAGCCAGCAUGCUCAUAGAUGUGCGUGGUUUCUGGGCUCAUGACAACAGAGAAAAUCUUCUACAAGAAGAAGAAGAGCCAGAAGAAGAAUAGCUCUCUGGUCAGGAUCACGCUAACAGAAAGCUGCUGCCUUAAUUUAACCUCGUAAUGUAACCCUCGUGCUGUGAAAUUAGUUGUAUUCAUCUGAAUGUUAACUGUAAAAACACCAUAAAUUAGUGUAUCUAGCCAUUGGUUCGUAGUGAGAACUUGAACUUAUUGUUGUAGCCUUAAUGCUUUUGUAAUGAUUGAAUAUAAAACGAAUAAUAUCGGUUUGUUGUCAAUGACUCAAUGGUAUGUUACGUCCAAUAUUUUCUCA